AUGGCUACACAUCCACAUUCCUCAUUGACAACAACUGAAUUAUCCGAAACGAUUGAUCCUUUUAAAAUUCAAAAAUUGAACAUAAAUGAAAAUAUAUUCGUUUCACUUGAUCCUUAUAGGUAUCAUUAUGCAUUAGUAGAAUCACAAUUGAAAUCAGCUCAUAAUCGAUUGAAAUCAUAUGAUAAUCCAUCGGAAUGUAAACGAUUCAUUCAGGAGCAUCCAAAUGAAAAAAUUAUUCUAUCGGUUGUUCUGUGCACAGUUGAGCCAGACGAAUUACUGACAAAUGAGAUCGAUAAACAUACUGAACUCGAAAAUGAUAAACGAGCAUUUAUCAUUCACUUUUAUAAAACUUUAUUACGUAUGGAAACUACCGAUGAAGAUCAUCAUGAACUUAUUAAUAUGUGCCGUAAAAUGUAUGCUGAUGACAAAUUUGAGCUUCAAAACAUUGAAAAAUUCGAGCGUGAAUAUAAGCGGGAAAGUGCUAUUACAUGGUAUACAAGAGAAACUUUCGUUUAUCGACAACUCAAUAAAGCUUUACGUAGUGGAAAAUUUGAGAUGCUCUUUGCUUUUCGUUUUUUGAUUAAAGAUAUUUAUGAACAGCUGAAAAUGGAAUACGAGCAACAACAAGAGUGGUUAGAUUCUAUCCGCCUUUAUCAUGGACAAAGUGUAUCUGCAGGGGAAUUGACACAAUUACAAAAUACUAUUGGUCACUAUAUUUCUUUCGAUUCUUUUCUAUCUGCAACAAAAUCUGAACAACUGGCUCUGAUUUAUUCUGAUGAGAACAACAUUACGAACACUACGCAGUCAGUGGUAUUCAAUAUCUUAGUUGAGCCAUCUCGUCUUCAGUCAUCAAAGCCGUUUGCCUCUAUUUCUCACCUUAGUCAUUUUGGUUCUGCCGAAGAGGAGUAUCUAAUUAUGUUAGGCGCAAUAUUUUACAUUGUCGACGUUAGCAGAGAUAAUGAUGAUAAAAGGUGGAUUGUAUAUCUUCGUCUAUGUAAUGAAAAUGAGCAUGAACUGCACGAACUUUAUCAGCAUCUGUCAGCAGACUUACCGAAAGAAACUAAUCUAGCAGAUUUAGGCGAUCUCUGUCAGAAAAUGGGACAGGAUGAUACAGCUGAAAUAUUCUACGGACGUUGUAUAACCGGAAAAUUCAUGAGUGCAACUGCUUUAAGUCGCUGCUUUGUUGGAUUAGGAAAUAUAGCACGAGAAAAAGGCGAUUAUAAUUUAGCAAUCAAUUAUCAUCAAAGAACACUUGAUCUUCUAUCGACAACACAUGGAUCAGACGACCGUUUAUUUCUCAUAAAUAGCAAUUUGGCUUUGGUUUAUUGUGAUAAAGGCAAUUAUGAUUUAGCUAUAGAAUGCCUUGAAAAAGCUGUAUCUGUUGCGGUUCAAAUUUAUGGAGAAAAUAGUCAGCAACUGGAUGGUUUGUACACUAAUUUAGGUAUCGCUCAUUCGAAAAAAAUGAACUAUGAGAAGGCAUUCGAAUAUUUUAGAAAAUCAUUAGAGCUUAAGCGAAAUCGAUUACCAGAGAAUCAUCCUGAACGGGCUGCUUUAGAUGUGAAUGUUGCUAAUGUGCAUAAUACACUCCACGAAUACGAUGUCGGUCUAAUUUAUUAUGAAAAAGCAUUAAACAAUUGGUCAAAGACUUUACCAAAGAAUCAUCCAGAUCUUGCUACACUCUACUUCAAUAUCGGUACAUUAUACGAAAGUAUGGAAAAGUUCGAAAUUGCUUUAAAAAACUAUCGAAAAGCAGCCGAGGUUUAUGAAAAUUUAAAUUCAGCAAAUCCCAAGCAUAUAGGUCAGAGUGCUGCUAAGGAGAAAAUUAAAGAUGUAACCGUAUUAUUGCUCUUAGAAAAGUUUAUUGCAGACGAAACUAACUCAUUUAAUUCUAAACUUUUCUCACAACGAAACGAUCAAAAUUUUGAAUCUUUUGCUUUACUAUGGAUCGAUACUAAUGUUAGUCAAAAUCCAGAUUCUAAUCAAAUGUUCAGACAAAUCAAAAAUAUCAUCAACUGGCUAAAGCUUUAUGAUAAUACAGAGAAAUGUGAACAAUAUAUUUUGGAAUCAAAAAAAGAUGAAGAAAUAGUAUUAAUUGUGAGCACUGAUUUGGCAUCUCAGCUUAUUCCACGUAUACAUCAUUUUCCGCAAAUUGUAAUUGUUUACAUUUACGGUGUCAGUGGAUCGUGUAAUCAACAUGGAAUUACUCAUUAUCAAAAAGUUAAGGCCUUCGAUUCCCUCUCAAGUCAAGUGAUUGCUACGGUAGAAGAAGAUCAGAAACGACGUGAGAAUAUAGAAGAGCCCAUUUGUAUCAAAUUUUUACAAAGCAGCAAUGGAUCGUUCACGUGGUUUCUGUUGAUUCUUGAAAUCUUAUUAAGAAUGGAAAAUUCAAAUGAAGAGAAAGAGAAAGUGGAGUUGUUUGAUAUUUGUCUCCGUCUUUAUUACGAUAAUACUCCUCAGUUAGAAUUUAUUAACGAAUUUCAAGCUAGUUACUCUUCAGAAAGAGCCAUAUGGUGGUACAAAAGAAAUAUGUGUUUAACUCGAAUGUUAAAUAAAGCCUUACGAACAGAAGACUUGGAAAUGUUAGUGGCUUUUCGCUUUUUCAUCAAACAUCUUUAUCAACAGUUGAAUUAUGAACAUCGACGACAGUCCUUUCAAUCAUUAUUUCAUGUUUAUUUUGGAAAAAUGAUAACAAAGGAAGAAGUUGAACAUUUACAGAUGGCUAAAGGGCAAAUAAUUUCUAUUAACGCAUUUUUGUCGACCAUCAAAAAUAAAUUACUCGUGCUACGAUCUUUAUAUUCCAGCUCGAAGAAUGGAUCAAAAGAAUCGGUUUUGUUCGAUAUUAAAGUAGCUACUAGUUGUGAAUUAGUCAAACCAUUUGCAUCAAUUUCGCAUCUACUGUCUGAUGACACUAUCGAAGAAAUUUUAUUCAUGGCGGGGACUGUAUUUCAUUUGAUUGAUAUUAAGAAAGACAGUAAGACAGACAUCUGGAUUGUGAAACUUGGAUUAUGUGACGAAAAUGCAAGUGAAUUGAAUAGUGUAUAUUCACAUAUGAAAAGUAAUUUGGAAGAGGAAACUAAUUUAGGUAGUUUAGGCAAAUUAUUAAGAGAAAUGGAACAAUUUGAUAAAGCUACAUUUUUUUACAAACGCUUCCUUACAACUCUAAAUUCGUAUAAAGUUGGUUUUAUUACGGAUUGUAUUAAUGGAUUAGGAAAUAUAGCACUUGCAAGAUCUGAUCAUGAAAUGGCUCUUCAUUAUCAUAAAAAAUCAAUUGAAAUUGAAUCUGCAAAAUCGAUACAAUCUCAGAUAGCUUUUGCAGCUUCCUUUGGAAAUUUAGCUAUUGCAUACAGAAUGAAAGAUGAUUAUGAUUUGGCUAUUAGUUGGUCUGAAAAGGCGUUGUUAAUUUAUAGAAAGAAUGAGAGUGAAAAUCGAAGACAAAUCGGAGACAUAUACUUAAAUCUUGGCAAUACGUAUAAAGCAAAAAUGAACUAUAGUGAAGCAAUAAACUACUAUAAAAAGUCGUUGGCUAUCUUUGAAUGUAUCUUACCAGAAUAUCAUCCGAAUUUAGCUAAUCUAUAUUCAAAUCUUGGAUCUGUAUACUUUAUUUUGAACGACUAUACUCAGACUAUAGUUCAUUAUGCAAUAGCUCUUAAUAUUUAUAAAAACAAUUUUUCACCUUAUUCUCCACAAAUCGCUUCGAUUUAUCAGGAUAUCGGUACGACGUAUGAAAAGAUGGAAAAUACUAAUUUAGUCCAAAAAUAUUGUAAUACUGAAGAGCAAAAGAAAAUAUUCUUAGCUAAAGAGAUUUACAAAUAUGUUUAUUCAUUAGAUUAA